UUUUCUGACAUCUCUUCAUGUCUUCAUAAACCUAACCCCCGUUUAGUUGCUAAACGUAGGGGCCCCAUAAAGUGGUUACAAUGAAUGCCUCAAUUUUGCGUGCCCUGCGGGCACACAAGCCCUGUAUAUUACAAAACCACAUAAUUUUUUUCAGCAAUGGGGUUUGCUUGAAUCAAAUCCACCGGCCUGUGUUUCGACAAUCCAACAGAUCCCCAUCAAUCGGGGCAUACGGUAUUUUUAUGCUGAUUAUUCCUGCAGCCUCUUUUGGUCUGGGCGUUUGGCAAGUGCAAAGGAAGACCUGGAAGGAGCAGUUAAUUGCCGAAAUGACCGAUCGUAUCGACAGUGCCCCCAUUGAGCUGCCUGGAAGUUUCGAUGAGAUACGAGAGCUGGAAUACAGACCGGUUAGGGUACGAGGGACGUUUCUUCAUGACAAGGAAAUUUACAUGGGGCCAAGGGGGUUGUUGCAAAAAGACACAGGGGCCAAUAAUUUUCUCAGUCUAAGUAUUCAGGGAUACCAUGUUAUUACACCGUUCAAGCUAGCAGAUCGGGACCAAACGAUCUUGGUCAAUAGAGGUUGGGUGCUUAACAGCCGCCUAAAGCGACACACCAGGGCUGACACCCAGAUAGAAGGGGUAGUGGAUGUGAUUGGGCUAGUGAGGCUAUCCGAAACUCGACCGAACUUUUCCGUGAAGAAUCAAGAAAACACUAAUUUGUACUUUUACAGAGACCUGGAAGCGAUGUGUGCGGCCACAGGGGCUUCGCCGAUUUUCCUGGAUCAAACAGUCGAUUUCAACCUGCCUGGCGGGCCCACUGGCGGACAGACUGUGGUAACGUUACGAAAUGAACACCUUUCCUACAUUAUUACGUGGUUUUCUCUAAGUGCUGCCACUAUGUAUAUGUGGUUAAAACGAUACGUUUUUCGGCCUGUUUAGAACUGAAUUACCACCCUAGGGCUUUGUUUUGUCAAGAAUAACGUCCUCGUAAAAGAGCAAAUAGAAUAAUGUGAAUAGUCCGGCUUUUCCAAAAGUCUGUUAGUUUUGGGCAAAGUCAAAAAGUAAAGAAAAUCAGCGUUUUGUGGCACCUAWUUUUUUUUAUUCAUGCGGUAUAAAAAAUAAAAUAUACUGAACGAAUUAGUAGUAAAAUGAAUACAUAGAAUUGGUCAAAUGAUUUAACAACUUUUGUUAAAACAAUAUUUUUUCAAUAUUAGUAGAACAUUUCAUAAAUCAUUGGCUGAACAUUUCUUUUAUGAUUUGCAGCAACUGUUCAGUUCAACCUGUAUAAUUUAUUGAACAGCUUCAAAACGGUCCAGGGUUUGGAAGACGUACAAUGUGGGUCAAAAAAGAAAUGUUUCAGCAGCUAACUACUGCUCUAUUUCGCAAAGUCGCCGAUAAAAUCUAUCUAAAAGUGUAAAUUGUAUAACAUCGAGGAACGAAUUUGGCGCGAAACGUUGAACAUGAAUAUAUCACAAUUUACAAUA